GGAUAUUAGGGUAGAACUUUCCUUCGAAGUGUGGAAGUAGCGACGGUAAUAAUAGAGAGCUUCCUCCAUUUGAGCAGUUUUCCUAGAAUUUUUAGCUAUUAAUGUGUAUGAGAGUAAAUUCUCCACUGAGAAGAGAAACCUUUACUCAGUUGUUGGCUCAUAGGAUUAGAGAUUGAGCUAAGCCAUACUUAAUAAGCUAUAACAGCCUAAAUAACGUUUAAUUAGGGUAUUUUGAGAUUCAAAGGUAUAACGAGAGUUAGAAAUUUUAGAAAAGAACAAAAUUUAUGCUUUUCUUUGACAGUCGAAUUGGUAGCUUCCAAAUUUCUAUCCUUAUGCUCAUAAGUGUAGAUUUGGACAUCAUCAGAGCUUUUGGAACCUCUUGGGCGAAGAUAGAUCUUUUUACAUUUGUAUUGAUCUCAAAAAUUCUUGAAAAUUUUUAGAAAGAUUCAUAAUAGUUAAGUGUAGAAAUAUCAAGUUGGACUAAAAGCUCAGUGUAUUAUUGAGAAUAAAUUAAAGACAAUUUUUUAUAAUAAUAUAUUCACUCUUUAGCUCAUCAUUUCAUCCUAAAGCAAUUUACAGUGAAUUUUUAUGAAUUUAAUUUUUCUAAAAUCUCCUUCCACCCAUACCUAAUUCCAGAAAAAAAAACAAUUAAAACACCUAAAAACACUCCUAAAACC